AUGGACGCUGUCCCUGCUACCAUGAAGACUGAAGCUCGAGCCGUGGAACGGGUGAAGGUUUUCUGUCGUGUGAGACCUCUACUGCAGCGUGAACGCGACGGAUGGGGCUACGAGGAAUACUGUCAACACUUCGGAGAGGACGGUGAACGUCGGGAUGCCAAUGACACUCAACAACCUGCCACCGAAGCCACGCCCGAGGGUUCCGAUGAUGAUCCAGCAACGUUUAUCACUGAAAAAGGUCGAAGAAGCACAGGAUCGUUGACACCUUCAGUCACCAUGCAGUCUGAUGGCCGCAGUGUCACGUUCCAAGCCCCCACUGCAGCUCACGGAGAAGCUCGGUUGUUCCAGUUUGAUGGCAAUCUCAACGAAACGUGCGACCAGCAGACUGUGUACGAACGUGUGGCUGCUCCAAUUGUCGAAGAUGUGAUGGCAGGGUACAACGGUACCAUCUUGGCGUACGGCCAGACUGCAACAGGUAAAACCCACACGAUGGUGGGGCCUGGAGACUUGGUGCACGGAGACCAGCGUGGCGUUAUCCCUCGUGCACUAGAAGACAUCUUUAACCUUGCUGAGAAGACUCGCUCGCAUGCGAAGACUACAGUCGCGUUGAGCUACGUACAGAUCUACUGUGAACGUAUCUUCGACUUGCUAGAGCCAGAGACUUUGCCUAGUAACAUCUUGGUGCGUGAAGACGCAGAUAGAGGCGUCUACAUUGACGGAGCGGCUGCAGUUUACGUAUCCAACAUUGAGGACUGUUUGUCUCUCAUGGAACGUGGCAAUGCCAACCGUGCUGUCUCCAGUACAGAAAUGAAUGCCCACUCGAGUCGAAGCCACGCUAUCCUCAUCCUUCGUGUGGAACGCAAGGAGUUUGCACCUCCAGCGUCUAGUGAUGCACCGAAGAGUAUGACACAACCGGUAAUCCGGUUAAGUAACCUGUAUCUCGUGGACCUAGCAGGCUCUGAACGUGUCAAGAAGGCGAGAGUGUAUGGGCGACACAUUAGUGAGUUAAAGGCGAUCAACUUGAGUCUUUCGGCCUUGGGUAACUGUAUCUCUGCGCUCAGUAAACAGUCCCAACAGAACCAAACGAGCUAUCACGUGCCGUACCGGGACAGUAAACUGACUCGCUUGUUGCAGUCCAGUCUAGGUGGCAAUGCCAAGACCGCUCUCGUAGUUACGGUGACUCCUGCAGUCACAGAAGCACCAGAGACAUUGCAGACACUUCAGCUCGGACAGCGAGCGAUGCAGGUUGCUGUUCGAGCACACCGCUCCGCCUUGUCUGUGCUCGACUACCGUACGCUUUAUGAAGAGAUGCGCCAAGCUCUGGACGAAGAGCAGCAACGUUCCCAACAAGCCGAAUCUACAGCUAGCGACGAGAAGAACCGCGCUGCAGUUGCAGAAGAUAAGCUUACAAAGGCUUUGUUAAGGGUACAGCACUUAGAGUUCGAGCUUGAGGCAGCUCAAACAGUUACUAGACACUCCACUACUUCUGACGUUGAAGGGGACGGAGUGGAGCGUAUGAAGCUGGAGCUCCAGCAGCUAGUGACUCGACAUGCGCAGGAUGUGGCACAGGUCAAAUCUGCUUGUGACCGACAUAUCGAAACAUACAAAAGACUGGCACACGAAGCCUCACAGGAAUGGCACGAGGUGGAAGGAGAACUGGCAGGAGAGAAGACUCAAGUGCUGCACACGUUGCAGGAGCUCAAAGAGUUCAAGCUGCGAUACUUUCAGCUUGAGGAAGACACAAUGGAACGUAUUGCGGAGCUUGUUCAGGAAGAGCGAGACCGUGAGAAAGAACGAGAUGCGGCGCUAUCAAGCGUCGCAAUAAUGGAGAAAGAACUCAAAGCGAUUCACGCCAAGAUGGUGGAAUUCGAGUCUCAGCGAGAGAAACUUCAGGACCAAAUCGACACAGAUUUUGUGCCGAAAGAAGCGAUCCAGCAGAUGGAGGCUCUCUAUGAAGGAGCGAUCUCCAAGCUCCAAGCGCGAGUCGGCUGUCUCGAGAGCAAGUCGCUUAAUCGGAGACCUAAGACACCCAGUAACAACAGCAACAAUAACUCGGCUCCACAGCGUUCUUUGCCAGAGGUCAGGAAACUAGGAAUGGCGAAUCGAGCGGUUCCCAAGGUCGGUCGUCUUGUGCCAGGCGCCAGAAGUAGCUCCUCUUCCAGACUUAGUUCUGGUCCAAGUGUAUCUUCGCGUAUUGUGCAUUAA